AUGAGCGAGGUCAAGCUCAAAUCAGAGCCACCAUCCGCCUCCCAUGGCGCGGCAGGCCCGUCUUCAGCGACGACUCCCGCCCAACCCCCUCGCAUCGAAUCCGCCCUGAUGCGCCACCUCGACAUCCCCUCGAACCCCACGGCGCCUCCCGACUACGGGCCCGCACUCGCCUACGCCCAGACGAGCCAGGCGCGCAACUGGCGCUUCACCCCAAACAGGCUUGCACAGAUGCGCCAGACCAACAACCUCACUGCCAAGAAGCGCCUCGAGAAGAUCUGGAAUGACGAAAAGUCGGGAGCAGCUUCCUCGUCAACGCCCUCCGACGUCCCGUUCCUCUCGGUAUCCGACGAGCUGGCCCUCCUCACCUACUAUCUGAUCCAAGUCGGUCGCAUCGUCAAGGCCUUUGCCCUGCCAGAGCUCAUCGAGGCGACGGCCAUGUCGUACGUCAAGCGCUUCUACCUGCGCAACACCUGCAUGGACUUUCACCCAAAGAGCAUCGUAAUCACCAGCAUCUACCUCGCGACGAAGACGGAAAACUACCCGCAGUCGCUCUCGUCCUUUGCCAGGAAGCUGGCGGGCAAGGAUCCCAAGCCCGAGGUGGUCAGGGACAACGAAAAGACGAUCCUCGAUCUCGAGUUCCUCGUCUCUCAGAGCCUGAGCUUCGAGUACUCGACCCACGGCGCCCACCGGGCCCUUCACGGCCUUUUGCUGGAUGCACAGACCCUGGACAAGCCGCCGUCGCGAGAGGCCGUCCAUGCCCUCGCAGCAUCGAGCCAGAAGAACCUGACCAACUCGCGCCUCACCGACGCCGAGUUCAUCUACACGCCCACGCAGAUCGCCCUCGCGUGCCUGCGUGCGUCCGAGGGUGUCGGGGCAUCGGGCAGGGACAUUGUCGAGCAGUGGCUGGACCAGAAGGAGAGCAGCGCGCGUGCCGCGCAGCUGGCGGCCAAGGCGGCCAGGGACAAGACGCGAUCCGACGAGCGGGAGCGCUUCGCCCGCGCCAAGAUGGCCGCAGCACGCAAGGCUCGGGGCAAGGCGGGCGUCAAGGUGGCCGAGGACGAGCUGGCGGCGGCUCCGGCACCCGCCGUCGUCGAGUACGACGACGCGCUGCUGGCGCAGCAGCCGCUGGGGAUGGGGCGCCAGGAGCUGCACGGUAUCCUCGACGAGAUUGAGAAGCUCUUCCGGGACCGCGAGACGGGGGGCUGCACGGGGCUGGGCAAGGGCGACGCGGACAAGGCCAAGGUCGUCGAGAUCGACAAGCGGCAGAAGGAGUGCAGCAGCCGGCUCUCGCUCAAGCGCAAGGCCGACGAGGAGGCCGUGGCGUCGCAGAGGCGGGCCAAGAAGGCGGCGACGGCCAAGCCGACGACGAUCAAGGAUCCCUUUGACGACGGGGGUCAGUCGUCUGCUGGGGGUGCAGGUGGCGGUGCGGGUGGCCUCUUUGGUGCCGAGCUGCGCAAGCAGGCCGACAACGGCGGCACGAAUGGCGGCACAGAGACGGGCGGGGCAAAGGGCGAGGACGAGCGGCAGCAGCGGCAGCAGCAGCAGCAGCAGCAGCAGCAGCAGCAGCAGCAGCAGCAGCAGCAGGCACCGGCACCCGUCGACAGCGACGACGAAGACGUGCCCGUGUCAAAGGACUUUGCCGUCAAGCCGGACGCCGAGGUCUGA